GGCCAUCAGGCAUCUCAACCUCCCUGUGCUGGUCCUUGAUCCCGAUUUAGACCGGCUGGCUGGUUCUCACAGACGCUGUUUACCAUGUCUCUCUUCCGCAAUUGCAGGACUGCCACCGUGCAGCUCCGCGGCUUCGCCUCAUCCUCCUCUCUGCGGGUUGGACCCGAGUCUCCCAACUUCAUCGAUGUCCCUAGAACCAUUCAGCCCGAUCUCCCGCCGAAGCCCCGCGUCAAGGGUACCCUGCCCGUCCCCAGGGAACUCUUUCCGGUUCGCCGCAAGGACAAGCCGACGGAGGAGUACAUUGCUGAUGCGACACCUCUUCCCACCAAGGAGAUCAGCCUGGACCCCAAAGACCCUAAUGCCGAUUACAUCGAGUGGAAGAAAAUCAUGGCGGAGAUGAGACGCAGGAACCUCCGCGAAGGUCUUUUGGAAUUGCACGCCCGGAAGCAGCGGACGGACAAGACGAUGAUGAAGCGGAGUCUGGAGAAGCAGAAGCGCCGGGAGCGUAUCUUCCGCCAGCCGGAGAGGGAAGAUGUGCGGUUGACCCGUACUUCGGUCAUCCAGGACAUGCUGCCCAAACACACCCCCAUGCUGCCGGACCCUGACCGUGAGGCUCGUCUGGCUCAGUCCCAGGAACGGGUGGAGCACCGCCAGGCCAUGAAGGAACUGGAGCGCCAAGAGCACCUGCAAGCGCUUUACAUGAAUGCCAGGAACUUCAUUACCACCGAGGCCCAGCUUCUGGCUGAGAUCGAGGAGGUCUUCCCUGAUGGUGCCAACAGUGCCUGGCGCAGCGACCACCAGGAUGGCAAUAACAUUUGGAACUUGGGUGUGCCCCCGACUGUCCACUCUAUUGUCAACGAUUCCAAUAAGAGCGAGACUGGUCGCUGGUAUGUUUCCCAAGAGAGACUUAACCAGAUUGCGGAGCAGCUCACUGGCGGCAAGAUGUGAUGGUUGUACCUAAUUGGCAGGUUGUAUAUUACGUGUUUCUCCCAGUGCGAUCUUUUCUGUUGUCACGCAAUUUAAUUGGCUUGUACUAGCUUUAUCUGUUUGUAUACCAUAGGUACUUAGACGAAUUGAACAAUCUCAGUUAUAUGGCUCUC